AUGAGAAGAACGCCAGCGCGCUUCUUCGCGGCCUCAAGAUGCGCUCAGUUUCAUGGAGCGCGUAGGCUCUACUCAGAGCCCAUUGUGAAAAUCACCAAUGGCACAUUCUACCGCCAACACCCAGCAUCGAAACCAGCUCCAGGUCAAGAUGCACCGCCCAACCCGCCAUUAUUUCCCAACCUGACCCUGUCCCUACCCUCCUUCUCAACGCCCAAUCAACACUGGGCGAUCCUAAGUCCAUCAUCAAGUAUCCGAACAGCAUUCCUUCAGAUACUUAGAGGCCAACUGCUGUGCUUUCCCCCAACGGCACGAACAUACCCAUAUUUGCUAUCCCCAGAGAUCACAGAGAAGAAGCCCAGUCUACGCUUCCCAGAGCGCGCAAUCGAGUAUGUGGGCUUCGACGUAGAGCGCAAAGCUUUUGGUGGCGCGUAUCUCUCCGCUCGCUACGAGUCGCUCAAAGAAGAUACCGAUUUCACUGUUCAGCGCUAUCUGACUGGAAUCAUCACCAUGAAUCCAGGGGAGGAAGAGCUAAAAGCAAAGAGUAUCGACGAGGGUCUGAUGAGAAAGGUCAUGAAGGAUUUGGAAUUGGAGAGAUUUUUGGAUAAGCCAGUUAGUAUGCUGAGCAAUGGGCAGAGUCGAAGAGCAAGGAUUGGCAAGGCACUUCUGAGUCAGCCAGAGGCUUUAUGCUUGGAUGCGCCGUUCAUUGGGCUGGAUCCGAUUGUAACAAAGCACAUUUCCAAAGUUUUGCAUCGCCUUGCGGAAGCGAAUGCACCGAGGAUUGUGCUGUCCCUAAGGCCUCAGGAUGCGAUACCAGAGUGGAUCACUCAUGUCGCAUACGCUGGUGAGGACGGUAAGGUCGAUGCACUUGGACCGAAAGAAGAGGUCUUUCAGUAUCUACAGCAGCGAUAUGAGGAGGUUGAGAAAUCUACCUCUGCAAGUCUAGAGCUCGACCCGAAGCUUGUCGAGCUGCGGGAGGUCGGGCGACAUCUCUCUGAAAGAGGCGACUUCGAUACGGGACCGCCACAGUCAUCGUCGAAUUCGUCGGCACUCAGUCGCGAUGGAUAUGAGAAGCUUGACAAAUCAGAAGUGCCAAUUACAGAGCCAGUAGUAGAGAUGGAGGGGGUACGUAUUGCAUACGGUGCGAACUCGGUUCUUGGAGAGUGGCAACAAGAAGUCGACGGGUCGAAGGAAACUGGCUUAUACUGGAACGUACACCGUGGUCAGCGCUGGGGCAUCUUCGGUGCCAAUGGCUCUGGAAAGACUACACUGCUAAGUCUCGUCACCUCAGAUCACCCUCAAACGUACUCGACACCUGUCAAACUUUUCCAGCGCUCAAGACUUCCGGAGCCAGGCGUGCCCGGAAUCACUAUCUUCGAGAUCCAGUCACGGAUGGGUCACGCAUCACCAGAAGUACACGCCCUCUUCCCUAAGAGACUUACCAUCCGAACAACUCUAGAGACAGCAUGGAGCGACACUCCUAUCACCAAGCCUAGACUUGACAGAGAUGCCACAGAACGCGUAGAAGCUUGCCUUCGCUGGUUCGAAGGAGAGCUCAACCCCCUCCUCAAGGACGGCCAAACUUCAAGCGAGAACCUCGACUGGGCAGCGAACACUGUUUUCGGCGAAGUGUCCUUCUCCGCCCAACGUGUCCUUCUCUUCCUACGAUCCACAAUUCGCAACCCAGAUAUCGUGAUCCUAGACGAAGCGUUCAGCGGCAUGGACGAUCUCGUCCGCGACAAGUGCCUUCUCUUCCUCAGCCGCGGGCAGAGCAUGGAGCUCCAGUAUACAGGCGCCGGGCUGAAGCCUGUAGUAAGUGACGUAGAGAAAACAGGGAAGACGGUUGUGCCAGGCCUGCAAGACCAUCAAGCGCUAUUGUGUGUAAGUCAUAGUAGACAAGAGGUUCCUGGAUGCAUCAGGGAGUGGGUACGUUUGCCAGAACCCGGGACAGGACCGCCCAGGUUUGGGAGGUUUGAUGGCCCAGUUGAGCUAGAUGGGAGGAGGUGGAAUGAAAUUUGGAACUAGCCAUCUAGAUCAACUAUUGAUAGAUCAACAGCACACCGUAAAGGUGUGUUUGAAAUAAGACUACAUAAUUAAUGUAAACAUGACUGAAGCAGCU